AUGGCUGGAACAGAGCGUCUUUGGCUGUUUGCAAGUUUGUGUCAGGUGGCGUUGCUGACCUGUGAACAACAUUCAAAUCCUGUUGAGGUUGAAGUUGAGUUUCAGUCCUUCCCUUCUGGUCAAGAUCCAGACACCUACACAGUGACCUGCAGGACUGCAAGUAACCAUCUGGUGUAUGUGGAGCCCAUUGAUCCAUCAGCAUGCUCUGAUUGCAAGAAGUCCCUGCAAUUGGUUGAAGACCGAAGAGGAUAUAACAUCACACUGAGCUCUCGGAGGAAUGACACCACACUCGAGGCAAAGACUUUUCACUUAAUUCCAGUCUCCCUGGAUUCUUUUCGUGUACACACCACAACGACCUCCGCUCUCCUGACAUGGGAACUUCACAGACAGCAAAACCUCUCCACCCUGAGUCUGUACAACACUCACACAUUAUCUGUCACACACACAUUCAACAUGAAGCCCUCCGAGGUAGGAAAGUCCCAGUUUGCCGUGACAGGUCUCCGGCCUGGUACACGCUUCAAGGUCAAAAUUGUGGUGACCACAUCGCUCAGACACCUCAAUGUGAUCUUGAAGCAGAGACUCAGCAUCGGCAUGGAAACUGCUCAGUGCCCCCCUGGUUGGCCGGCCAGAGAACGGAGCUGCUACACUGUGAGAAGAAGAGCUUUGACAUGGAGCGACGCUCGGCACAGCUGUAAACAGCUGGCAGCUGGAAGUCACCUGGCUGACUUCAAGAGUCUCCAUGAUUUGACUUUUGUAUCUUCUCACCUGCUGAGCCACAACAACCUGCUGCUACUCUGGACUGGACUCAGUGACCAGCAGGAGGAGGGCCGACCGCUCUGGACUGAUGGGUCGCCAUAUAACCUGACGGACAUGAUGAUGACGUUACUGCCGGCCAAUCACACAGACUGUUUUGCCCUCCAGAGGAAUGCCACAGGACCAGGAUACUUCCUCACUCCAUUCUUCUGUAACAUCAACUUACCCUUCAUCUGUCAAUACCAGACCCCUCAAGUCCCUGCCUCCUUCUCCUUUGACCUGGUUCAGGUGACGGAGCAUCAGGUGGAGCUUCGCUGGAGUGACUUUUCCUCCCUGAGCUCACUCGAUCAUUCAUCUUUUGAGAUAUUCCUCCAGUACCAAAAGGAGACAUGUGAAGAGUUGGGGCAAAGUGAAGAAAGUAGAAGCAGGACGUCAGAGGACAAAAAGGAUAAAAUGGUCAAAGUCCCCAUCUCCCUGUCGUCCAGAGGGGUAACCGUGGCAGGUUUGUCUCCAGGGAGCAUAUACUCAUUCACCCUUGGAGCUUCUCACCCUGCUGGCUCCAGCUGGAGCUUGGGACAGACACUGACUGCGUACACCAGGCCACUUCCUCCUCAGAGCAUCACUGUGGGCUCCAUAACAGUCAGUCAGAUGAGUGUCCACUGGAUUCUGCCAGAUGUGCAGCACGUUGCUGGAGGGACAUUUGUUGUGCGAUACAUGGACAUGUCCUUGAGAAACGAGAGGAUAGUUGGAAUGAUCAACAUCUCCUGCUCAUCAGAGACUGGUAGGUUGCAGUCAUACACGGCUGUGAUUGGAGGGCUGGCGUCUCACAGGAAGUACGUGGUUGAAGUUUAUGCAGUCACGCAGCACGGGAUCCAGAGCUGUGGACAGACGCCUGUGACUGUACAGACUGCGGUGAGGGCCCCUAGUGGUCUGGUGGUGUUGAGUUCGAGGGGAAAUCUGACGGUCUGUUGGACCAGUCCACAUGACGACCCACCGGAUUCUUAUUACAUGACAGCCCACCCACUCAGUAACCCCAGCGCUUCUUCACUGUGGAUCAACCAAUCCAGUCCUGGUGGAAACUGUGUUGAUCUGGGCCCAUUUACUCCAGGUCAGACUUAUGAAGUAGGAAUGGUUGCACUGAUCGGAAAAGACCAGAGCCAGAGAACCAGCAUCACUCACACCACAGAUCCGUUACCUGUUCCGGUCGCAGUGCCUCUGUCAGUCAGCGCAACCUCUGCACAGCUGUACAUUCAGCAUCCACAGCUGGGUCUGACAGAUGGGGUGAAAGUGUGUAUGUGUCCGGGAGUUUGUGACCCUUUGUGUGAGGGAUCAUGUGGGUACUCAUGCGACUGGUACUCUCUCCCUGCUGGCAUUCAAACUGUGACACUCAAGAACCUCAGUCCAGGAACUGAGUACCAGCUGAAGGUUUACAGCACCAGCCGUGAGCAGACAGGACCUCCGUACUACACCAGUACCUUUAGAACGAGUCUGGUCCCUCCCAGCAGAGUGAGGGAGGGCGUGGUGACAGACUCAUCCAUUGAGCUGCUUUGGGAUCCCGCACACGGACGAGCUCUGAGGUUCGAGGUUGUCUGCCUGAACUGUGACCGUUCACACAUGGUGCAGAAGGUGUUCAACCAGAGCGCAGUGUUCUCCAGUCUAACUCCAGGCAGACUCUAUCACUUUACAGUACGAACAGAGAAGGAGUCCUUCACUGACAGCUUCCCUGUCACCAUCAACAUCACAGCAGCUCCCAGCCCAGUGGAGGUGUCUCUGGUCAAUAAAACCACAUCGUCCAUAUGCAUCAGCUGGAGUCUGGUAAGGGGAGUGAUGAGCGCACGCAUCCUGUCAAUCAAAAACACAACAUCCUGUCAAGAGCUGAUCAUUUCUGAUGUGGCGCUCAGAUCAUACAGCUUUAAAGGACUUGCUCCUGGAAGUCAAUACACAAUUGAGAUGAUUUGUACCAGCAGGGAAAGGAAGAGUAAACCGGCUACAAUAAUCGUCAAUACAAGUAAGUUUGCUGAUGUGGUCAAUGUCAGUCCAGGGACACAGUUCACUGUAACGGUCACAGCGGCCUCGUCCUCCAACUUCAGCCCCGGGAUCAGCCGCAUGAUCAACACUAAUGAGAGUGUUCCUGGUCCCCCUUUGGGCCUUGAAGGAGAGGCUGUCGGGUCUAACGGUAUUCUGCUCUCUUGGACCAUGCCAUCUGAUGCCAACGAUAUCGAUGAAUAUGUCAUCAGGUACAAGGAAGUGUGUCCCUAUCCUGAUCUCACCUUCACACAGGUGACGAAGAACCUGGAAAUACCAGAGACGCUUCUCACUGACUUCACCUCAGCUGGAAUUGGAGCACUGAGCAAAUCUAUCUACAUAAAGACUGCUGAGUCACCCCCUGGCCUGGUCACCAACCUCACAGCGUAUGCUCAGAACCACACCUCCGUCAUGGUUACCUGGUACCUGCCCCACCGCAUCAACGGCCUCAUAAACAAGUUUGCAGUCAAGGCAAAGCACGCUCGCACUGGGCAGACAGUCCGCACACUGGAGGUCAACGCAGAGGACAUCAUGACUGUAGCGCUGCCUCACUGCAAUGAUGCAGCUGAUAUCCUGUCUCGUGCAACUCCGAGUCCACUGGAGAUAACGGCCUCCUCUCCACCUAUCACCCUCUCCGCCGUGCCCCCUGCGGCCUCCUGGAGCGUGCCCAUAUCGGUGGGAGUUGAUCAGCUGCGACCUUAUACCGCCUAUCUUUUCGAAGUGUCUGCCUUCACGUCUGAUGGAGAGGGACAGAUAGCCUCCACCAUGGUCCGCAUGCCAGAGUCAGCUCCGGAAGAUGCACCACAAAACUUUAAUGUCCUGAACAUGACGUCAAGAUCAAUCUCUGUGUCCUGGAACGCUCCCAAAAUUACCACAGGAAAGUUCAGCUACAUGCUCUACCUUUACGGACCUACAGGAUUUAUGUAUGAGAACAGCACAGGGGACAUGCGGUUUGCUUUUAGUGGUCUGAUCCCAUACACAAGGUACACGGUGGCCGUCCGAGCCAAAGCAGCUGGUGAAGUGGGUCCAGCGGCGCAAGAAGACGUAGUUACACCUGCUGAAGCACCUAGUGCAGUGCAGAACCUGGAGGCUGUCGCUGAGGAUUCAGUUUCAAUCCGUGUGAGUUGGAAAAGCCCUGCUCAACCUAACGGCCCCAUCACUCAGUACAGACUGCAGGUCCUGGUGGACGACACUCUGCUGCAGGACAUCACCCUCACUGCAGAGGCGAAUGGAACCGAUUUGUAUGAAGAGGAGACACUUUCUCCCGAUGUCCGCAACAACUCAGGUCGACGUAAGAGAACUGCUGAGCUCGGUCUGAUCACAUCUCCACCGACUUUCACAGCCACUGUUUCUGAGCGCACGCUGCCCACUGAUAUGACUGUUUCCACCGUCCAGCACUCUGGACUUAGCAGCUCUGCUGACAUCACAAGCUCUGAUGUUCAACCUACAGCUGAUCCCAUGGUCACUGAGAAGACCAGCACCAAUUUCACCACUGCUUCACACUCUGACAGCACUAAUGUAAAGUCUUCAGAGUCUUCAGUGGAGUCUGGAACCACUGCUUUUUUUCUUACCUCUGUACUUCCUGUUACGCUUCCACCCUGGCUGACAAAGCAAUCACAUGUUGGCGAUAUGACUUCAGACUCCUCCAUUUUGGCCGUGACCCCAAACCCGAUGCGCUUGUCCACACGUGAUGCAUCUAUUACGGGACACUUUUCAACACGCAGCGCAGCAACUUCUGGUAUUACGGGUGUUACAGUGAGAGAAGAGGUGAUGGACGUUCUGUCUGAGGAUUUGUCGUACCUGGUGUUGGAUCUGAAUCCCUUCACCGAGUACACGUUCAGGGUCACUGCGUCCACCACUGUGGGGGAGGGCCCUGCCACGGACAUCUCUGAGAAGACCAGGGAGCAGGUCCCGAGCUCCGUUCUUGAAGUGUCUUAUCAAAACAUCAGCUCCACCUCCAUACAAGUGAGCUGGGUCCCUCCAGUCAACCCUAAUGGACGGAUCACACACUACACCGUCUACAGCCUCGAACUGCACAGUAAACAGGCACUGACGUGGAUCAGUAACACAACCAGCAUAUUGAUAACAGAUCUGGACAAGUAUACUGGUUAUACGCUGCGUGUGGCUGCAUCCACAGCUGUGGGAGAGAGCGCUCUUACUGAGGAAGAUGACAUCUUUGUUUACACCUUAGAGGACGAGCCUGACUCCCCCCCUGUGAACCUCACUGUGGUGGAAACCAGCCCCUCCACCGUCACACUGGCCUGGUCUCCACCUGAGAGAGCCAACGGGCUGAUCCAACGUUACGAGGUCCUGUACGAGAACGAGUCCUACUCUGCUCUGAUGAACACCUCCUCAAACAGAGUGACUCUGACCAGCGUGAAGCCGUUCUCAUACUACAACGUAUCUGUGAGGGCGUACACGCGUUACGGCCACGGCAACCAGACGUCAGACACUUUACACCUCCUGUCUGGAGAAGAUGUCCCAGGCAGUCCUCCGUACGGCCUCUCCUAUGAGUCAGUCAGCCCGAGUGAGGUGAAUGUGACCUGGCAGCCACCUCUGCUUCCUAACGGCCUCAUCACCCACUACAGCCUGGAGCUUUGGAAUUCCACUCACUACCUGAACCUCACCUCCCCGACCAGCUACAUCCACAUCACGCACCUGCGGAAGUACGCGCACUACCGCAUCAUGGUGCAGACACACACACGUGUCGGGCCGGGGAACCACAGCAGUGAGCCGCUCAACGUGACCACACUGGAGGAUGUGCCGAGUGACUCUGUUCGAAACCUGACGGCUCAGAUCUUCAGCUCCACGGCCAUAAUCGUCAGCUGGGACCCGCCCAUGGAGCCAAAUGGCCGUCCUUACUACCUGCUCACCUUACAGGAAGCUGGCAUCCCCCCAGAUGUUCCCAACCACGGGGCUCCAGCUGUCAACAAGACCAUCAAGCACACCACGACUGACAAUGUCUUCCUCUUCACUAGACUCAGGAAGUAUUUCCCUUAUGUGCUAACAGUUACCCCAGCAACUGGUGCUGGCUCUGCCUACAACCACACCUGCACAAUGUACCUGAGGACGGAUGACGACAUCCCUAGUUCUGCUCCGUUGCUGGUCUCCAGAAGGAACCUGUCGUCGUCCGCCAUCGCCGUGGUCUGGCAGCGCCCUCUGGAGGCCAACGGGGAGAUAUCUGAGUAUACCCUCACUCUGGUCGGCCCAGCGGGCUCCAACACAACACAUACCACCAACACCUCGUUCAUCCUCGCUAACCUACUUCCAUACACGGCCUACAACCUCACCAUCACAGCAGCGACACGUAAAGGUUCGGGGCCUCAUCUGCUGCUGCAGCUGCACACUGAUGAAGGAGGCCCCAUGUCUCCUCCUCGUAACCUGACUAUAUACAACCACACGGCCAUCUCUGUGUGGCUGAGCUGGGAGCCUCCUGUGGAACCCAAUGGUGUGGUGACACAGUAUGGCUUCAGGAUCCGAGACCUCAUCACACACACCGUCACACACCAGAAUUCCUCUGGUCCAUCGACGACAGAGUAUCUUUCUGGCUUCAGGCCUCAUAGCUCCUAUGAGAUCAGUGUGUACAGCUACACCAGAGUGGGCCAUGGGAAUCAGUUCAGCAGCCCCGUGACCUUCACCACUAACGAGUCAGUAUCUGAUGCUGUGGGGAACCUCUCUUGCUCGGGAGGGAGCUGGGAUUCAAUUCUGCUGUCCUGGGAAGUUCCGGUCAACCCUAAUGGGCAGAUCGUUUUUUAUGAGAUUACAGUGGAGGUUGAUGUGCAGUCGUACACACACCAGGCUCACUCACCAGAGUACACAGUGAGCGGGCUGUCACCAGAUCAGACGUACACACUCACCGUGGCAGCAGUCAACUCCGCAGGACCCGGUGAUGCGGUAAACUGUAAUGCCUCCACUCUCUCUGAAUCAGUCCCAGCUGCCCCUCGCUCCCUCACCAUCUCUCAGGUCACACCGACCAAUGUGACACUUCACUGGGCUCCGCCGCUCUCCAUACCCGGCCUGCUGAAAGAGUACCACAUCAUUGCUCAGCUGCUUUCAACUGUUUGUGAAACAAACAUCGUACCCACGGCACAGCCGCCCUCGGAGGACGAGCUGACCUCAGACUGUGUGGACUCUCAUGUCCUGGUGUCAGUAAAUAGCAGCGAGGAGAACCCCAACAGCAUAACACUGCAGUCCCUCAAUAAAUACAGGUACUACCGCUUCAAAGUGGCCGCUGUGACCAACGCUGGAGUUGGAGAGUACACUCGCUGGAGUUAUGCACGCACCCUCGCUGGAAACCCUGAUGCCCCUCCCCGUGACCUGAGGGUCACCCCCUCAUCCAACAGCCUUCGCAUUGCGUGGGACGCUCCAGCUGUUCUCUCUGGGCCGACAUCGUAUCUUGUUCAGGUGGAAGGUCCUGGUUUGAACAUGUCAACAGUCCGGGCUCCAGGAGAGUUGACAACUGUUGUUGUGACGAACUUGACCGCUUUCACUCGCUACUCUGUGACUGUCACUGCCUUCACUGGGCCACUGGCGCUGGCUGCUAGCGAAGGGAAAGCUGCUGGACCCACUGGAUUUCAAACGAUGGAGGAGGAACCAAAGGACCCUCCCAAGAACAUAAUUGUAUCAGUCAUCCCGGAGGAAGUGAACCGUGUGAAGGUGACCUUCACGCCCCCAGAAGAGCCCAAUGGAAACAUCACCGCCUACUUUGUGUAUGUAUAUGAAAAGGAGCGGCUGGUCAAGAACAUCAGUCUCAGUAUCAUCCAGAGAGAAGACAACAACACGCUGGCAGCUGUCAUCGAGGGCCUGAAGGGAGGACACAACUACAGUAUACAGAUUUCAGCAAGGAAUGGGGCUGGCAGGAGUCCGCCCAGCCCACAUGUCCAGAUAACCACAGGAAUCAAAGCCCCAGCCAAGCCAACCCAAAGACCCCAGGCAGUGCUGGGCCAUGGAGGGGUUGCCAUAGUAACCCACAGGAGUAUCACCAUCCGCAUGCCUGCCUGUUUCUAUAGUGACAACAAUGGACCAAUCACAAAAAUCCAGGUCGUCGUGGCCGAGUCAGGGGUGAAGGACGUCCAGAACCUGACCAACUGGAAGAAUGCAUUUUUUGAUCGUCCUGGCCCCUACCUGACUGACAGGGGGUUCCCCAACCCGCCAUGUUUUUCGGGGGACGGGGUGUCACGCACGGGCGGACACUUCAGACGCAAUCGCAGUGUGCCUGGAGACGGCCGGGCUCCAGUGAGGCACAAUCACACUAUGGCAGCAACGUACGUGAUCGGGGAGAAUGAUGACUGCAUGCAAGAGAACAACACCAAUAAUUUCUGCAACGGGCCUCUGAAAGCGAACACGGUCUAUGUGUUUAAGUUUAGAGCCACUAACAUCAAUGGCCAAUACACAGACUCUGACUUCUCUGACCAUGUCAAAACUGCAGCGGACGGGCUGUUGACCAGAGAAGAGCAAAUCAUUCUGGGUGUUCUGCUUUCCUUCUUCUUGGCCGUGUUACUCAUCAUCAUCAUCUGUGCCUCAGUCAAGAUCCAUCAGCGCAAGAAGGAGGGCGGGACUUAUUCACCGCGAGAGGCAGAAAUCAUAGAGACCAAGUGUAAACUGGAUCAGCUGAUCGCUGUGGCCGAUCUGGAGCUGAAACAAGAGAAACUCAACCGGUAUUCUUCCUUCUUCUUUAGACGGAAAGAGAUUUAUGUCAUCCAGCUUCUCAGCUACAGGAAAUCACUCAAGCCCGUCAACAAAAAGUCUUUCCUGCAGCAUGUAGAGGAUCUGUGUGCCAAUGACAAUGCCAAGUUCCAGGAAGAGUUUGCUGAGCUCCCAAAGCUGCUGCAGGACCUGGCCACCACAGAUGCUGAUCUGCCCUGGAACAAAUCCAAAAACCGCUUCCCUAACAUCAAACCGUACAAUAACAACCGAGUGAAGCUGCUGUCAGAGCCGGGCACUGCAGGCUCGGACUACAUCAACGCCAGCUUCGUCUCAGGAUACCUGUGUCCCAAUGAGUUCAUCGCUACUCAGGGUCCUCUGCCUGGCACAGUGGCAGACUUUUGGAGGAUGAUCUGGGAAACGGGGACUCGCACCAUCGCCAUGCUCACGCAGUGUUAUGAAAAAGGCAGAAUUCGGUGUCACAAGUACUGGCCUGAGGACAACAAGCCAAUGUCAGUGUUUAGUGACAUUCUCAUUUCAAAAGUGUCAGAGGAAGUCCUGCCUGACUGGACUGUCAGAACCCUGAAAGUAGAAAAGCACGGACACUACAUUCUGGUUCGCCACUUCAACUACACGUCGUGGCCUGAGCACGGGGUCCCAGAGUCCUGCAGCACGCUCAUAAAGUUUGUCAAAGCUGUCCGGGCCCACAGACACGAAAACACCACCAUAGCGGUCCACUGCAGUGCUGGUGUGGGGAGAACAGGUGUGUUCAUCGCCUUAGACCACCUCAUCCAGCACGUCAGAGAUCACGACUUUGUGGAUAUCUACGGUCUGGUGGCCGAGCUGCGCAGCGAGAGGAUGUGCAUGGUGCAGAAUCUGGCCCAGUACAUCUUCCUGCACCAGAGUACACUGGAACUUCUUAACAACAAAGGCAACAGCCAAUCCAUCUGGUUUGUCAGCUACUCUGCUCUGGAGAAGAUGGACUCUCUGGAAGCAAUGGAAGGUGAUGUUGAGCUGGAGUGGGAAGAGACCACCAUGUAAAGACAAACCAAGGGACACCUGCACCCGAGUGAGACAGAACCUGUGCACAGACCCUGGACAUGGCGGCCUGCACCUCGUAGCGGCAGAGGAAGUAGGGAGGAAGGGGACGUGAACGACACAGUCUGAACUGAACGGCCCGUCAGUCGACUCAAGGUUUUGUUGCUCCUCUUCAACCCAUUUCUCAGCUCAGGCCUCCCUUCACUCCACCACUUGUCUACUUGUUUUCAAAGAGAGUGAGCGAGACAAAAGGGAGACGGUGACAAGGAGUUUCAGAAACAACAGCGAUAAAGGAGAAACCGCAGAGACAGUGAGCGCUCUAUCACGUCUGUAAGCCUUUGCACAAAUUGAUUUCACUGUGUAUUGUAAUUACUGUAUUAUGUUGAUAUUAUCUAUGUUUUUUGUAAGAUAAUUUAUUCAAGCCAAAAUGGUGUUCUCUUUGUAAUUCUGCCUGUGUCGAGGUUUUUGUU